AUGAACUUGACGCUGAACUGCGAGAAAGUAGCCUUGCUUCACCAACAAGGUUCUCAACAAGCAGAGUUGUUGAGAGAACAGGGUGCUCAACAGUUUGAACUGUUGAGACAGCAGCAGGCUGCUGCUGGCGGGUCGAUGCACUCGCGUCGACCCGAGACUUUGAAGAUUGACAUCUCAAAGUAUAGGGCGGUCGAAGAAGACUCCCUCUUGAGAUGGUUCGUCGAAUUGGAUGACGCCAUAAGGGCGCGUCGCAUCGACGACGGGGAUAUGCAAGUUGCAUUUGCCCAGUCAAAUCUGGCAGGACGUGCCAAGACUUGGGCACUGGGGCUCAAGUUGCACGACCCAUAUGCGUUUGGGUCGUUGGAAGUCUUCAAGUCGCGGCUCAGACAAACGUUUGAACCGCCUAGAGCUGAGUUCAGAGCUCGAACCGAACUCUUGAAGCUCAAGCAGGGUAAGCGUGAUGUGCACGCUUACGCUCAACAUAUACGACAUCUUACGAGUUGUAUAAGUUCCAAUCCGGUGGAUGAACACACGUUGGUUUCGGUGUUCAUGCAGGGUCUUGCGGAUGGUCCCGUCAAGACUCACCUGUUCCGGCUUGAACUAGAUUCACUAGAACAAGCCAUUUCCAUUGCGGAGCAGGAAGACUUCAGUCUGAGACAGGCUCGCGCCAGCUCGACAUCAUAUCGUCAACCGAGACGAUAUGACAACGGAGGUCCAGAGCCGAUGGAACUCUGUUAUGUAGAGAGCGAGAAGGCUCGCUCUACAGACUACGAGAAGUUGCAGAGAUGCAACAGAUGUCAAAAGACAGGACACUACGCUUACGAGUGUAGUGCCCCUCGUCCAGUGUCUCGCGACACUGGGCGUAGUGACCGUCCACCCAUGAGAAAGGGGCAGGGACGAGGGUCCGCAGUUGGUGCAAAGACGCAACAACGGGAUGGAACGUCAAAAAAACGGACAGGAUCAGUAGGUGCGAAGCACCCUACUGAUCCAGCAACGUCAAGAGAAUUUGUAGGCCUCUUGAUGAAGGUUGCUCCCAACACACAAACGUUGUGCGUUGCUGCUCUAGGUAAUGAGGUAUCACUCAUUACCUUGAAACUCGAAGUGACAAAUGAGUUGUCCCUUCGAGCUCUAGUCGAUUGUGGGGCGUCCAACAAAAUUGUGCAACGCCAAUCGCUAGAAGAUAGUCACUUUAAAUUCAGUGAAUGUGACACACCUCCUACGAGGAUGACGGUACGUCUUGCGACAGGCGCAUCCGUAACCGUCAUGAAGCGUAUAGUGAAGAUCCACUAUACGCUAGAAGAUACCCAAUAUGACGAUGACUUUAUCGUAUUGGAUUUGGAUGACAAAUUUGAUGUCAUCCUUGGAAUACCGUGGCUCAGAAGGUACGAACCACGGGUAAACUGGCAACAUCGAACAGUAACGAUGCCUGCCACUUGUUCAUCAGAUGGCCAUCUGAUGAACGUUUUGGAGCGUCCACAAGCGUGUGGAUGUACUACGAGUGAGUGCGAUGGCCUCACUUGUGGUACGGUCGUUAGUACGACUGCACAAAACCUUAGUGUACCAAACGGUUACACUUCGGAGCAAAGUUCCGGCGGCUGUGAGGAAACACAGGCUGCGCCGAAGGUCCACCACUCGAAUAAGUCGGGUGGACUGGGACAAAGAUGUAUCCCUAGCGGGGAACAUCUAGAAGAGAAACAAUCGAUCGCUCAGGUUAAGCGAAACAAUAAUCCUAGAUCGACUGGAGAGUCUUUCGUAGAGGAUCUCGCUGUGGUUGCGCAACCCCAGCUAGAGGAAGUAAAGGGAAUAAGUCCCAAGAUUACAAAUACGGCGGAAGUAAGUUCCCCGAAACCCGCGGGAAUAAGUCCCCGGGAAGCCGAAGGAGUAAGUCCUUCGAAGCCUGAGGGAAUAAGUCCCCAGGAAAUGACAGAGACAUUGAAUGUCAUAGUCAAUAACGGAUCAAGUGUAGGCGCUUAUACACUUGAUCUGAUUGCGCCUCCGAAGUUGACUUCGGAGAUCAUUCAGUUGCCAACGCUCGAACAUAAAAGGUUCUUGCGUGAUCUGCGUAGUGGCAAAGUCAAGAAGAUCUGCAUACUCGUCGCUGACGACGAGUGUGUAACCGACAUAAGGUCAGCAACAGUAUUUAGUGAGAACGAGAGAGUUCUUAGUAGUUCAUCUAUGGACGAGAGUGUCCUCGAUGAAAAGACACGAAUUGAGCGAUAUGACUCCCAAUCGUGGGAAUCGCUCAAGACAAAUCCUCUCUAUGAUGAUUUGGUUGAAUUCAAGGAUGUAUUCCCUGAAACUGUUCCGUGCGAAUUAUCGAAGGAUAAAGGUAUUCGACACGAGGUCGAGCUUAAACCAGGCUCGAAGUACUGUGUCAUGAAGCAGUGGCCACUGCCUCGUGAGCAAGUACUUGCGAUCGGCAAGUUCUUUGCCGAUCGUUUAGCUGCGGGCCAUGUGAGGGAAUCGACUUCCCCACAUAGCUCUCCGACCUUCUGUGUGCGAAAAGCAACAGAAGGGUGGCGGAUAGUGCACGCGUUCAACAAAUUGAACGCUGCAACGGUACCGGCUCAGACGCCGAUUCCGAGGAAGGACGUAAUCAUUGAUGGUAUGUCAAAGAGUACCAUCUUUUCGUCCAUGGAUUUGAUGGAUGGCUUCUAUCAAAUCCUUAUGCGAGAACGGGAUAUACCCUCUACCGCAGUUAGCACGCCUAGCGGCAUGCUCUGGGAAUGGCUAGUAAUGCCACAAGGGCUUAGUAAUGCCCCUGCCACGUUCAACAGAUGUGUAUCACAUCUGUUGAGACCAGUACGAGAAUUCGCGCCGAGUUAUUUCGAUGACGUAUUCAUCCAUAGUCGAGCUAUGGAUGGAAAGUCGGACGUUGAGGUUCACAGGUACCACGUCCGACAGGUUCUUACAAUCAUGCGAAAGCAUCAAUUGUAUGCUAACCUCAAGAGGUGUAUAUUUGCAGCAAGCGAAAUACCACUUCUUGGGUGCAUCGUUGGUAAGAACGGUGUACGUCCUGAUCCCUAA